AGUUAGAAAGAGGGAGUGUAUGUUCCGGUUCAGGAAUCGAGGGAGAGGAAACAGAAAAGGGGGACGGUAGAAAGAAAGAGAGGAGAGCAGAGGAGCUAUGUGAAGCAGAAAGAGAGUGAGAAACGUGAAGAGCAGGGCAAAAUUCAUCUCACUGGGAGCAACAGGCGGGAUUUAAAGAGACUUAUUUAUGUUGAGGUUACUGUGCUUUGCUUUGCGCCUUCCUUGCGUCCUGUGCUGCGGGAGGCGGUUGGAGUGUGGUGCCUGAAGCUCGGGAGCCCGGAGUACUGCAGCCGAACUGUCCCCCACCUCUCCCCUCUCCCCAGCCCUGCGAUCCCGAAGACCAUGUUCAACUGCAUUCCUCUCUGGCGAUGCAACCGGCAUGUCGAGGCGGUGGACAAGCGACACUGUUCGCUCCUCGCCGUGCCCGACGAGAUCUACCGCUAUAGCCGGAGCCUGGAGGAGUUACUACUCGACGCCAACCAGCUGCGAGAACUGCCCAAACCAUUCUUCCAGCUGGUGAAGUUACGAAAACUUGGACUAAGCGACAACGAAAUCCAGCGACUUCCCCCUGAGAUAGCAAACUUCAUGCUGCUAGUAGAGUUGGAUCUUUCUCGAAAUGAUAUAAUGGAAAUUCCCGAAAGCAUCUCAUUUUGCAAAUCAUUGCAAGUAGCAGACUUUAGUGGCAAUCCCUUAACCAGGUUACCUGAAAGCUUUCCUGAACUGCGAAAUUUGACGUGUCUCUCGCUGAAUGACAUCUCACUGCAGGCGCUGCCAGAGAAUAUUGGAAAUCUUUUGAACCUGGCAUCUCUUGAACUACGGGAAAACUUGCUGACGUUGCUACCAGAAUCACUUUCUCUUCUCUGCAAACUGGAAGAAUUGGACCUUGGUAACAAUGAACUAUAUCAUCUGCCGAGGAGUAUUGGAUCACUUUCAAACCUGAGGGAUCUGUGGUUGGAUGGGAACCAGCUGGUUGAAGUACCUAUGGAAAUUGGAAACCUGAAGAACUUGGUGUGUUUAGAUGUGUCAGAAAAUAAACUGGAGAAACUCCCGGAAGAGAUUAGUGGACUCCAUUUGCUCUCGGAUCUGCUGGUUUCACAGAACCAGUUGGAAUUCUUGCCAGAUGGCAUCGGAAAACUAAAGCAGCUUUCAAUCCUAAAACUUGAUCAAAAUCGUUUAGUUCACUUGACUGACGCUAUUGGAGAAUGUGGAAACCUUACAGAACUCGUGCUCACAGAAAAUAAGCUGGAGGGUUUACCCAGGAGCAUUGGAAAGUUGCGAAAGCUGACCAAUUUUAAUGUGGACAGAAACAGACUGAUUUCCAUUCCCAAAGAGAUUGGUGGUUGCUGCAGCCUCACUGUCUUCAGUCUCCGCGAUAACAGAUUAACAAGGAUCCCUCCAGAAAUCUCACAAGCGACUGAACUUCAUGUGCUGGACAUAGCUGGGAACAGGUUGAUGUUCUUGCCUUUAUCAUUGAUCACCUUGAAACUGAAGGCCCUUUGGUUAUCGGAGAACCAGUCCCAGCCGCUGCUAACUUUCCAGACGGAGAUUGAUGCAGGAACGAGAGAGAAGGUUUUGACCUGCGUUUUGCUUCCUCAGCUGCCUCCUGAACAUAACAACCAUGAUAAUUUGCCACGCUGUACUGCACUGGAGAGCCUGGUGACUGACGUUUCUGAUGAAAUGUGGAAUGAACGUGCCAUGAACCGAAUCAGUGCAAUACGCUUCCUAGAUGAUCAGGAUGAUGAUGACGAUGAAGAAAAGGGUACCCUGCUACGGAGAGCCACUCCACAUCCUGGGGAAUUGAAGACCAUGAAAAAGACGGCAGAGAACUUGAGAAAUGAGAUGAAUGCUGCUAAAGCACUGGACUCCAACAAAAAUGAGGUCAAUAACGCCACUCAAAGAUUAACCACUUCCGUAUAGAGUUUUACCUCAAGCUCUCACCUUGUGUGUCUCCCUGACUCUCUCAGCCGUCGUGACAAACCCUUCCUUGGAAUUGUUCCCUUCUGUUUGCACAAGCCAACCCCAUGUGAUUUUUGUCUCAUGUCACCAACUACAGCCUGGAAGAAAGUGCCUUGCUUCCCCACAGUGAUUGCACCAAUUGAUCCAAAGGCAUUCUGCACAAUGUAAUCAUGUUUUUCCCAAAAAAAAUCUUUUUAUAUGUGUAUAUAAAUAUAAAUAUAUAUAUAGGUAGAUGCACUACUGUAUAGAAUUUAGAAAUCCUUGCUUAUAAUUUCGUUAAACACAGGGUGAACUCUUUUUUUUAAGAAAAGGUAUAUUUUUGGGGGUGUUUGGACCUGCUGAAAAAUAAUUGUACAGUUUUAUGUGAAAUUUGAUACUUUUUAUACAGUUUGGCAGCUUGGAUUGUAUAAAUUUUACAUUUUGUGUAUAGCGAGUUUAAUAAUGGUAAUGCAGGUUUAUGAAUAUCGUUCCGCUAUGGUACACGUUUUUAUUAGUUGUAAAAAUCAGUUCUUACUUUCCUGAAUCAUCCACAGACCAUCUUGAGUGACUUUUGUCUCCUUACCACUGCCCUCCCCUACCUUUGUUUUGAAUUGAUUUGCUCAAUAUGGCAAGGAUACCAGACUCAUAUGCUGGCCUUGUAACUGACAAGUAUAGUUUUUUCUUUUCAUAAGGGGAUGAUAGAGAAACGUACUAGGGCUUGAGUAACUCCUAAGCCAUGUCCUGCUGAACAAAUGGUAUCUUCGCCAAACAAUUAUGGUGAAACCAACACUCUAUAUAUUGAGUCAUAGAACACUACAGCACAGAAACAGGCCCUUUGGCCCAUCUGGUCUGUGCCAAACCAUAAUUCUCCCUGUUCCUAUUGACCUGCAUCUGGGCCAUAUUCUUGCAUACCUGCCCCAUCCAUGCACUGAUUGCUCUUAAAUGUUACAAUCAAAUCUGCAUCUACCCACAUCCACUAGAGACUCAUUCCACACUCUCAUAUCCUUCUGACUGAAGAAGUUCUUAAGUCUUUCACGCUUGACCCUUAACCCAUAACCUCAGUGCUGUCACUGAAGGUCAGUGUGCAAAAAGCCCCUUUCGACACCAUUCCACCUCUGAUGCCACCUCUUACUUACUUUCUAUUUUCUCUCGGGGGUACCCUGCUACAGUCUAGUUGUAGUCUCACCCAAUCUCCGGGGAAAAAAACCUACUUGCAAUAUCCUUUGUAUACCCCUAUCAAAUCUCCCCUUAAGUUCCUAUACUCCAGGGAAUGAAGUCCUAACCUCACAUGCUCUUUCUCUGCGGUCUUUCAAUCUUAAUGAUAUUUUUCUUGUAAGUAGGUGACCAGAACUGCACACAAUACUCCAAAUUGGGUUUCACCAGUGUCUUGUACAGCUUCAAAAUUGUAUCCCAAUUCCUGUACUUAGAAUGUUGAUUUAUGAAGGCCAGUUGCCAAAAGUGGUUUUAUGACCCUAUCUUAUUGAUAUCUUUCCUGGAGGUAUGUGACCAGAGCUGCACACAACAUGGUUACUUCUCAUCCGUGUCACCCCUUCCAUAUGUCCCUCUCCACACCCACUGCAUCUCCUUUCAACUGGACUUAGUUAGUAAUUGUGAACGGUUUUGUCAUAUGUGAAACCUGCCGUGAUUUUAUAAUUUUUAAUCAAAUAUUGCACAGGAAAGUUUAAGAUUUGUCUUUACAAUAAAUUAAGGCUUUUUGCCGACCAUUCCUAACCACUGAUGUAUAAAAUUUGGUAUUAGUCUUUCAAGAAAGAAGGCUAUUUUCCAAAUGAAUUUAUUUUCUGCAGGUACUAAGAAAUCUCUCUGUUGUCACGGUGACAGAUAGCUGUGGCCUCUGUUGAGGUAGAUUGUGGACAUAAAUCUUCAGUGGUUUAUGGGCAUUGCCAAACAGUGAUUGCUAUGGACCUCAGCCGCUUGGUGUUGAAUUUAACUAAUUAAAUUACCUACUCUGUU